AUGGUUUCACAGUGUGAAGUUAAGUUGGCGGACAUCUGUGUGCAAGACUACUUUGGAGAAUGCUCAGAAGUUGUAAUCAAGGACAAUGUGGUGACGGUGUACGAGCUGUUGGAGGAGAUGCUGGACAACGGCUUUCCACUAGCAACAGAGUCAAACGUCCUCAAAGAGAUGAUCAGGCCUCCCACCAUCCUGCGAUCAGUCGUCAAUACGCUCACGGGAGGUAGUAAUGUUGGAGAUACGUUGCCAACAGGUCAAUUGUCCAAUAUACCGUGGAGGCGGGCAGGUGUUAAAUACACCAAUAAUGAGGCAUAUUUCGAUGUGAUAGAGGAAAUAGAUGCCAUUCUGGACAAAUCAGGCACGACAGUAUUUGCAGAGAUCCAGGGUGUAAUUGAAGCCUGCGUGAGGCUCACUGGGAUGCCGGACCUGACUCUGUCCUUUAUGAAUCCCCGUCUUCUCGAUGACGUGAGUUUCCACCCGUGUGUGCGGUUCAAGCGCUGGGAGUCGGAGCGUGUCCUCUCUUUCAUCCCGCCAGAUGGGAACUUCACUCUCAUGACCUAUCAUGUCAGCUCUCAAAAUCUCGUAGCCAUUCCAGUGUAUGUGAAGCAGAACAUCAAUUUCUUUGAGACGGGACCUUGUGGUCGCCUGGACAUCACAAUCGGACCCAAGCAGACCAUGGGGAAGACGGUGGAGGGCCUGAUGGUCACUGUCCACAUGCCUAAAGCCGUGCUCAGUGCCAACCUCACAGCCACACAGGGAAACUACACCUAUGACCUCGCUACCAAGUUGUUGGUUUGGGACAUCGGGAAACUGAACCCCCAGAAGCUCCCUAACCUGCGAGGCAGUCUGAGUAUCCAGGCGGGAGCCCCCAGACCUGAAGAGAACCCCUCCCUCAACAUUGACCUGAAGAUUCAGCAGCUGGCCAUAUCAGGACUCAAGGUGAGUCGUCUGGACAUGUACGGAGAAAAAUAUAAACCGUUUAAAGGGGUCAAAUAUUUGACUAAAGCGGGGAAAUUCCAAGUGCGGACCUGA